AUGUCGACAUGUGCACAUUCAGUGAGCUAUAAGGUUGGUAUCUCAAAUGUGCUAUCAGCUUUCUUCACGUCUCCUUCCAAGUUUGGGAGACAAGGUUUGGGAGGGGGUGUGAUAGCUUUGAAGUCUGAUAUGAGCAAGGUGUAUGAUCAGGUGGAGUGGAGUUAUCUUCGACAGCUUCUUCACGUCUCCUCCAAGUUUGGGAGACAAGGUUUGGGAGGGGGUGUGAUAGCUUUGAAGUCUGAUAUGAGCAAGGUGUAUGAUCAGGUGGAGUGGAGUUAUCUUCGACAGGCUGAUGAGAAAAAUGCGGUUUUUGCAACCAUGGAUUCAGUUGAUUAUGACUGCAAUACCAGUCAUGAUGCCAUCCAAUCUAUAGAAGAUGGGCUUGGGAUCCAGUUCACAACAUCUUUGGGGCUUUACUUGGGUCUUCCUUCCCAGAUCUCUAAUAAUAAGAAUGAGGUAUUUCUAAAUAUUAAGAAUCGUGUUUGGAAGGUCCUCCAAGGUUGGAAGGAGAAGUUUUUCUCUAUUGGUGGUAAAGAGGUGUUGAUUAAAGAUGUGGCUUAA